AUGAAUUUAAAUUCAUAUUUUUUUUUAUUGACUUAUUCCUCAUCGACUUAAGAUAAUUAUUUUAAUGAUUUGAAUACAUAACUAGAUAUCAGUGUGAAUUAAAAUUUCUUGCUUCGCAUGUACGUGCGUCCUGACGUAUUUACAAAUUUUCUAACCUUAUUAACAGAAUGUUGACAAGUACAUGUAUACAUUUAUAAAAUGUCAAAACGUUGGAGUAAUGAUUAUGUGGUUACGGAACACCGUGACUUACAGGCUAAUACUAUGGCCAUAGAUGCAACUGGCAAUUAUGUUUUACUAGCUGGUCGUAGAUACUUUGCCAUAAAACAAUUGGGUGAAUGCAAAGAGACAUUAAAAAAAUUUCAACGACAAAGUAAAUAUGAAGUAGGUUCUGCAGAAUGGAAUCCAACAUCGUUAAAUUGUCACUUAUGUGCAAUAUCAAGUAAUACCCGUAUAGAAAUAUUGAACCUAUCAACAAAUGGUGGAUAUGAAUUGCAAACUAUUUAUAGCCUUAAAGCACACACCCGUGUAGUUAAUGAUAUAAAUUGGCAUCCUAAAGAACCUGACAUCAUAGCUUCUUGUAGCAUUGAUACUUUUAUACAUAUUUGGGAUAUAAGAGAUCAACGAAGACCUUGUUUAUCUUUAUCAGCAGUUGCUGGAUCUUCACAAGUACGUUGGAAUGGCUUAUCAUCUCAUACAUUGGCUACUACUCAUGACGGAGAUAUUAAAAUAUGGGAUCAACGUAAAGGAAACAGUCCUGUUCAAUACAUAGCAGCGCAUUUAACAAAGAUACAUGGUUUAGAUUGGUGUCCAUUUAAUCAAACUCAAUUGGCAACGUCUAGUCAAGAUUGUACGGUUAAAAUUUUUGAUAUUGGCAAUCCUAAAAAGGCAGAAAAUAUUUUAACAACGAAUUCUCCUGUAUGGAGAGCCCGAUAUACACCUUUUGGAGAAGGAUUAGUAACGAUUGUAGUACCACAGUUAAGACGGGGAGAGAAUAGCCUUUUAUUAUGGAAUACAUCAAAUCUUAGUGCUCCCAUAUAUACUUUUGUAGGACAUACUGAUGUUGUUUUAGAGUUCCAAUGGCGACAUAAAAAAUUAGAAAAUACGGAUUAUGAAUUAAUAACUUGGUCAAAGGAUCAAUGUUUAAGGGUAUUUAAAAUUGAUCCUUUUUUAAAAAAGUUAUGUGGACAUGACAUUGACGAUAACGCAUCAGUUUUUUCCCAAUAUGGAAAAGAUAAUGCAUUAAGUUCUUUGCAAUCUGUUCAACAACUUCAAAUAAAUGAUGCACAAAAUAACCAGGAAACUAAUUAUAUAGAAACAAAAGUUGAUGAUUCUGCAUCAAGUACAGAAUUAAGUACAUUUUCGGAAAAUACAAAGGAUGUAUCAUCACCUACUCAACCAAAAACAUUACAACAAGAAUUUUCUUUAAUAAAUAUGAAUAUACCAAAUAUAGAGGUAAAUGCUAUGGAUGCAAGUGAACGAAGUUGUACUGUUACAGCGUGUAACACUAAUUAUAAUGUAGUACUUAAAGUAAAUUUCCCUAGAAAUUAUCCAUACAAUGCACAACCUACAUUCCAAUUUUGCCCAGGAACAAGCAUUGAUAAUGCGACGAUGGCAAAAUUAUUAAAAGUAUUGAAACAAACUGCUCAACAACGUGUCAGAAAAAAUCGAUCCUGUUUAGAACCAUGUCUCAGACAAUUGAUUAUAACAUUAGAACAAAUAUGCAAAAAAGAUGAAAAUGAGACCUCUCAUCUAGAUUAUUAUAUACAGGAUAAUGCAAACUUUUUAAAUUCUUCUAAUAUGUGUUCUAAUUAUCAAGAUGCAUAUAUACCAUUUCCUCGAACAUCCGGUGCCAAAUUUUGUUGUGUAGGUAUACUUGUAUGUUUUGGUCGAUCAUCAUAUCCAAGAAGGUCUUCGGUAAAACCUGAAAGUACAACACCUAGAGCAUUAUCUGCUUUAGGAAGCGGAAUCAAUAAUGGAGAACAUUUUAUGAAUAUGUAUCCAAAUACUUACGUGGCAUCCAAUGAUGGUAUAUCAAUCAGUUCUUUUUAUUUUCAAGACCGUAAAAACAUAAGACGUAAUUUACAUGGUACAAAUAGGAUACACGAUAGACCAUGUUGUAAAAAUUAUCGUUCAUUAGUUACAAUUUAUGAUGCUUCGUCUCUAUUUUUUGUUAGUAAAGAACUAGCAGAAAAAUAUAUUAUUAAUAUAACAGAUAUUCCAGCUAUGUGUCAGUAUAAUGCAAAUGUUGCUGCUACAUUGGAAAGAGCUGAUUUGGUACAAGCUUGGUGUUUAGCUGCACUUGUUAUAUCACAAUCUUCUUCCAAUAUAGGACAAAACUUAUUUCAAACGUCAGAAAAUGAUCUUGCACCAUGGACUUUACAUCCAUUUGGAAAAAAUUUAAUUCACUCUUUAAUUCAGCAUUAUGCUAAUCAAUCUGACAUACAAAUGGCUGGUAUGUUGAGUUGUGCAUUUAGCUAUCGAUCUGAAAAUGUAGAUGCUACACAAACACGAAUAGUUAGCAAAUCUGUUAAUGUCAGCCCUGGUGGUUCCCCGUAUCAUACAAUUCAUCUAGCGGAUACAACACUAGACGGAUGUAAUUUUCCAAAUUUAAAACAACAUAGAUCCAAUUCAUGGUCCGAAUCUUUAGACGAUUUGAAAACUAUGCAAGAUACAUUUGGAGAUUCUGUUAAAAAUAUUAAAGUACUUGACGACAAAUAUACAGCACUUUAUAAUGGAUACAAAAAAGCAUACGCAGAAGUAUUACAUAGAUGGCAAUUGUUAGAUGCAAGAGCACAAGUGCUCAAGCAUGUAAGCUUAAUGCCAAUUGAUAUACAUAAAGGUGUUGAAUUCCAAAGUGAAUGUCAAAUCUGUGGUAAAGUUUGCAGAGGUCCUCAAUGCUUAAACUGUAAACGUUUAACAUUUCAAUGCGUAGUUUGUCAUAUUUCAGUUAGAGGACCAAGCAACUUUUGCAUUCUUUGUGGCCAUGGUGGACAUACUCAACACUUAGCAGCUUGGUUUGUUAAUGAAACAGUUUGUCCAGCAGGUUGUGGAUGUUGUUGUUUACAAGAAAGUUCUAUACUAUUAAAAAUCCAACCGAUUGAGGAGAUCUCCCAUAUUUACGUUAGCAAGACGAAAAAUGCGCGGUGGAAGACUCACAGUUCGUUGUGACACGACCGGGUUAUUAGCUAAGUAUUAAUAUAAUUUAUUGUUAAUCUUAUUUUUUUAAUUAUAUACAGUAGGGCCUAUAACGUGGACUAAAAAUUGCGUCAUUGCGUUAGGGGCCUGGUAGAGUGUAGCGUAGCACCACUCUUUAAUCUCAACAGGACUGGUUGAGCCUACUUUAAAAAUACGCCCCUGUCCUGACAAGCAAUGAUUUUCUCUCAUUCUCAUCUCAUCGAAAGAGAUUUUGCCCUUUUCCUGGCUUGAUCCAAGUGGCAAUGCCCUUCCCGAUUGACUCCCGGUGUCGAUGCCGAUAAAUACUGUAAGUAUAGAACCUGGGCUAAUGAGGAUUCCCACCCAAAAGGAGUUUGCAUGCAAGGUCCGUUUCAUGGAGGAUAACGGAUGCCUUGAUCACCUCCUUCCAAUCGGAAGGAACUGCGUUCAAAAACAGUUUAGUCUCUGAAGUGACAAGAGAAACCCAUAUUCUUAAAAAUAUUAUGUUACAAGAGCACAAGAGUUGCGAGGAAGAGGAACAAAUUUGAGAAUAGAUAAGGGCAUCUAACAAGAUAAAGAAGAUGGAUAAGCAAGCUGCAGCUUCAGCCAAGACUUGAAAAACAUCAUCAAGUCUAAUCGAGGCCAAUACAAAAGAUGCAAGUGUCCCUUGUAAAACGUAUUAUAUCUCGUUUUAUAGAGGGUCCCCCUCCUAUUGUACUAACAAAUUUAAUUGAUCAUUAAUAUUUAAUGUUUUUUCAGCUAUUAUUAUUAUUAUUAUGGUAUAUUUUAUUCCUCAUUAACAAGAUUUUCUUGACUUUCUUUGACAAAAGAGGAAUUAAGAAAUAACUUCUCCAACUCUCGUAUUUCGACUGAAAAUAAAAAUUGAAUAAAUGCAUAUAUAUUCAAUAUAUUAACACACUAUCGGCGAGUCGGGUAUUUCUACCCGUUCCACAGACUGGCGCUGGUCGGCGGGUCGCGUAAUAAUACGUUUUAUACAGAACGUAAGCUAAUUUUCAGUAAAACACUUACUAAUGCUUGUUUUUUUUUUCUGCAAAGCCUGACCAGUGUUUAGUCCUAAAUUUAUGAAUUUUUAAGAAAAACUAAUAAUUUGAUGAAGUGUGCUAUUUUGACACUGCAAGUAUCGUGCUUACAAAGUAGCAUAAAUUCAGUUGAUUAAUUUUGAUAGCAUUGAGUUUAAGUUUUCUACAUUUUCGAAAUACUAUUUGAUAGCUAUUUUUCAAAUUUCAUUGAAAUCUUAUUAUUAGAUGUGAAGAUAUAACGUGUUUUCUAAAAAGUGCACUGCUUUCAUAUUUCGCUCAUUUUCGCCCACGUUCCCGACGAUAG